AUGGCAUCACCAAUCUCCUUUCUUCUUAUCUUAGCAAUCAUUCUUCAGUCUGAAGCGGACAAGACUCCCAUUCAUAAAUCGGACAAGACUCCCAUUCAUAAAUCGGACCAGACUCCCAUUCAUAAAUCGGACAAGACUCCCAUUCAUAAAUCGGACAAAACUCCCAUUCAUAAAUCGGACAAGACUCCCAUUCAUAAAUCGGACAAGACUCCCAUUCAUAAAUCAGACGAAGAGACCAUUCAUAUAUCGGAUGAAAUUCCCAUUCAUAUAUCGGGUAAGACUCCCAUUCAUAAAUGGGAUGAAGUUCCCAUUCCUAAAUCAAUCAAGCAUAAAUUCAAAUGUCCGAAAGAUAAACCCAAAGUCAAGUACUGCCUGAUGAACCCAUGUACUGUGGGACAAUCCAGUUUCUGCUCAUUAUAUCCCACUGCUACUUGUUAUCCCUAUUUAUGUGGCGGCUGUUACUCAAAAUGGUUCAACAGCAGAAAAAGAGAGGUGUUUUGCUCUCGGAGAUAAAAAAAAAAAACCCAAGGAAAUUCCUGAAAGCCAAAGAAAGCUGUCUUAAUA